UCCGCGUCUGCGCAAUCCAUACCUGUCGCCCGGGCGUUCAGUGAAUGAACGGACCCCGGCCUGGACGCACGCGGAGGCCUAGGGCUCCCUAUGUGUCACGAAUUGUGCGGUGCCAGUGGUGUGAUGCUUGUAUUGUGAACUCAGCGAUGGCCGCACGCUCGAGCGCGCCCGCCGGACCAGGAACAUGGGUGGAUUCGUAGGCGAGCUAGUGCGGUGUCGGCGCCGGUGGCGGGGCGGAGCGCGCGCUGGCGGCGCCCGCCCUAGUUGACAGCAUGCUCAUCGCGUCCAACCAUACCAACCUCACCGAGCUGGCCUUCGAGCCCACCCUGCCCCCCAGCCCGUACAGCCUCGCCCAGAAGAUCGUCAUUGCCAUCAUCGCCAGCGUCCUCUCAGUCCUCACAGUCGUCGGCAACUCCAUGGUCAUGAUCAGCUUCAAGAUCGACAAGCAGCUCCAAACGAUAAGCAACUACUUCCUAUUUUCUCUUGCCGUUGCUGACUUUGCCGUUGGGCUGAUCUCGAUGCCGUUGUACACGAUGUUCACGAUUUAUGGGUACUGGCCGCUUGGGCCGCAUGUGUGUGACACGUGGCUCGCGUUGGACUACCUCGCUUCCAACGCGUCAGUGUUGAACCUCCUCAUCAUCAGCUUCGACAGAUACUUCAGUGUGACGCGACCUUUAACAUACCGCGCGAAGAGGACUACAAGACGAGCGACAGUGAUGAUAGGGAGUGCGUGGGGGUUCAGUUUGGUGUUGUGGCCACCUUGGAUUUACGCCUGGCCUUACAUAGACGGGGAACGAAAAGUGCCGCCUCACGAGUGUUACAUCCAGUUCAUAGAGACGAACCAGUUCAUUACGUUCGGGACGGCGAUCGCGGCGUUCUAUGUGCCAGUGACGGUUAUGUGUAUAUUGUACUACAGGAUAUGGAGGGAGACCAAGAAGAGGCAGAAGGAUCUGCCGAAUCUACAGGGGGGCAAGAAGCACGACUCGUCCAAGAGAUCUAACUCUAGCGACGAGACUCGGGAGAUCGACGGUCGAGCACGCUCAGAGUCUGGUGAUGCGGACUCUGUCUACCACGUCAGAGGGGCCAUCCACGACCCGAGAUGGAGGGAUCAUCAGAGUUCAAGUUCAUCCCGGCGGCCUAAGCGCGGCUGGACGGCGGUGCGGGCGUGGUGCGUGGCGUGGUGGCACUCCGGGCGGGAGGACCUGGAGGACACGGAGCCAGAGGAGGAGCCUUCAGACCCUGGAUACGCGACUCCCGUGUCGGUAGAGACGCCGCUGCAGAGCUCUGUGUCUAGGUGUACGUCGCUAAACGUCAUCAGGGACCCGUACGCGACGCGCGGCGGCUCAGGUGGCUCCGGCGACGGCGGCACCUCGCCACUCCGGCGCAACUACGACGGCCCCGCGCCCCUCCCCGCCGCCCGCGACAGCCGCGCCCUCCCCCCCAACACGCGCAUCAACACCGCCACCUCGCCAGCACCAAAGUCUGCCUCCGCAGACUCCGUCUACACCAUCCUCAUCAGACUCCCAGACGCAGACACCGAGAGACCCAGCAUCAAAAUGAUCACAGAAGAAUCCCCACCCAACGUCCGAACACAAUACCGACCUCCAAACAGAGGAGACUCAGAAAUGAACCUCCACCCCGCUGGGCACCCGGCCCUAACCAGAAGAACGUCACAUUUACAAGACGUAAGAAUUCCUUUGAACGCGAAGAUAAUUCCCAAACAACUCGCUGGAAAAGGCAUCACAAAACAGCCGAAGAAGAAGAAAACGCAGGAGAAGAAACAGGAGACGAAAGCCGCUAAGACGUUGUCGGCCAUUCUUCUCUCGUUCAUCAUCACGUGGACGCCUUAUAAUAUCCUCGUGCUGCUGAAACCCCUCACGGCGUGCACCAAGUGUAUUCCUGAUGAACUUUGGUCAUUUUUUUACGCGUUGUGUUACAUCAACUCCACCAUAAACCCUGUAUGUUAUGCUCUCUGUAACGCGACGUUUAGAAGAACGUACGUAAGAAUUUUGACGUGUAAAUGGCAUAACAGAAAUAGAGAAGCGAUGACUAGAGGUGUGUACAACUAGCGGUAAAUAAGUGUGAUUCGGAAUGAGCUUCGUAUUUGAAGGUUUUGAGUGUUUUGUGGGGGCCCGAGCACCGGGGCGGUCGGGAGGGCUGACUUUAAAGUAAGGAUUGGUACCAAUUUACCGAUUGCCCAAUUUUGGUACCUGAAUGUAAAUGCGACAGCUAACUCUAUUAAGCCAAUACUAUUAAUAGUCAUACCAGCGAAUGGUGUAAUCAGUGAAUCGAUACAGGACUUGCAAAUUCAAAGAGAUAGGUUCAGUAACAAGAUAAUUCAGUAGUACAGUACAGAUACAUUGACUUAAUAGAUUGGUUUGACGCGUUUACAAUAAGUAUAUAAAAACUAAAAUUUUUAAACUAAAAGUACCUUUAAAACUGUAGUAAAAAAGUAUGAUUUAGACAAAUUUUAUUUUGUCAAUAAACGUGGUGUAGUUGUUUUACUAUAAAAGCAAUUUACUGAAUCACUUUCAUUUUCAUAAGUGAGUUUACCAUCCCGUCCAUGCGUAGUGUUAUAAUUUCUAGACUUUGUGACUUUUUGUGAUAUUUUCUUUGUUGUUUUUGAAAUUUGUUUUAUUUUGUCUUCUCCUGUUGUAAGAAGAAGAUUUGAUAUUGUUUAUUAAACCAAAGGUUUAAAAUUAAAUGAAGUUUUUAAAUGCCAAAAUGUAUUAAGAGUGAUUAGUGUAAACAGUGGUGAAAUAGGAGUAUUAUUCUAAAUCUGGUAGAAUCGUGAACAUUCUAGUCUUAAUAUCAUGGAUAUGAUUUCUAGUCGAGGUUAAAAUUUCUCUACGGUGUUCUGUAAGGUUUGAGCUUCUAGGGUUAAUGUCGACGAAUUUAGAAAAGUAUAGCUUCAGUGUCAUACACGGAGUGUCGAUUGAUUUCAGCUUGAAAACCUGCAGUAAAUUCUUUGGCAAUUUUUUUAAACAUUCUUUUGUUUGUUAGUCAUUCAUGUCAAAAUUAUUUCAUCUAAUUUGCGGUUAAUUCUUCAGUCAAGUCUGAGAAUCACUACUUAAUACCUAUUCUGUCGUCAGGUAUAUUGUAUUUUUGAAUCUAUUUUCUUAAUAAUUGUCUUAAAUAUAAGGAAGCUUCUCCUCCAAAUAUGAUUGCCUUUACAGAUUUAGACCAAAUUCGUUGUAAUAUUUGUCGUGAUGCUUAGGUUAAUGUUGGGAUAUGUUUGUGUUUAACGAAUACUGUCAAGAGAGAAUUCUGAGCCUUGUUUCUUAGAGGUAUUACAGACGGAUAGAAAUCUUGCAGCUGGCUUUGCUUUUGUGCAGUCGGCGCAUGCGGUUUGCAGUUCAAAAAGAAUUCCGUCUGUAAAACUUCUCAGUCUCAAUCUGCAUGUUAAUUUGUGUAAGUUUUAUAAUUAUAGAAAUUCUAAGCAAUAUUCAAAUAUUUUUCUCGUACGUAUGUUUGGUGUGGCGGAUGAUUUUCAUUAACAUUUUGAUGUGUUUCUUUCUAAUAUUCAUUCCUUUUAGAGGCCGUGUGAUGUGGCCUCGAAACUUAACAAAAAAUAUACAACGAUCUUUAAUUAAUCGUUUAGAGUUCCCUUAGAAAGCUACUGAGUCACUCACUCCACAAGUGAUCAAUAUUACUAAUGUCACUUUUGUGAUGUUUAGAGCGAGUAAAGAGUGAGUUACUGCAGUAGCAUUUUUUAAUCUGCGACUUAUCUCAUGACAACGUAUGAUUAUAGGAUUAUCUUGGGUGUCAUAGUGGCUUGGGUUAGAAAUAUUAUGGAUAAAUUACCAUGCAAAUUAUCUAACAUCAAAAUUAUUCCAGAAUCGGAAGUCCUAAGUCCUAAACCAGAACUAAAAUUGUUUUUUUUUUUAUUUAACUUUUUAGCUGGUAUGCGUGUAAAAACAUUCAUCCGAUUACUUCAUUAACAUUCUUCUAAAUCAGAUCAGUUGAUCGGUGAGA